CUAGAUUUUGUUGGAUUUGAUUUAUUUGUAAUGUAGUUAGAUAGAGGUGCCCUUUCCUGAACGCAUUACGUUAAGUGUUUGCAAAAACUUGAGAAAUCCCGCUUAAUGUAUUAAUUUGAGGCUCACAGUUUUAAUUAUCUUACCAUUUACAAUUGGAAGUGAGUUAUUGAUUUAGCCUCAAUACCAGAUUAGCUUGUGCAAACUAUUGCUGUUAGAACAGUUCUAAUAAGACAAGUAUUUUUUCUUAUACCACGAACACGAUACCACGAGCAUGUCAGGGAAAGACAUUAUAAGCAAAACCAUUGUUUUUUCAUGGAAUGGUCAAUUUUGGGCUAUUUUGCUCCCAGAACAUGACUUCUUUCUGGCUAGUUGAAGGAAAACAUCCAUGAUAGACAUUUAAAUGUUUAUUUUAUUAUACUUUAUAUAUUUGUAUCUGUAAAUGUCAAUUACAACACAAAUCUUAAAAAGCCGUCAAACAAAAUAUGACAAUGUUGGGUCGGGUUUUGUGGACCAAUUUGGUAGGAUCAACAUUAUUAAUAAACAGUGUUCUCUAAUUGCAUUGAGUAUGCAUUUCCAAUUUAAGCACUGGUUCAGUUUUGGUUCACUGAAUAUCAAGGUGAUGAUCAUUUGGCAAUUUAUCCAAAUUUCAAACUGCAAUCAUAUGAGUAACCUAACACAUGGCUCAUGAGCUGACAUGACUAAAAAUGAGACGCCUGAUAUCUUAUCCAUCUUAUUUCUCUCUUGCGCUCUCUCUCUCUGCUUUCUCAUAGGAUUUACAUGUAUAACUCUAAAAAACAUUGCAUUUUAUCAGUUGUAUGUUGCUAUUGUAACAUGCUUACAAUGCAAAUGGAUAGGCAGAUUGUAAGCAGCAACAGCAUGUUCAGAUUAGAUCUGUCUUUGAUCUUUCCUCACCACCUUAAACUUGCCACCAAUGCUGUGUAUACAAACAUGAGAAGGCAGUGCUAAGAAUAGCCACUACAUAAGCCACUUGUCACUAGCUGUGAAUGAAUGUACAACCCUCUGGUUCGUGUGUUGGUAUGCAUUAUUAAUAUGUCAUUCUAGAUACGUCUGUGGAACCUAGGAGAAGGAGCUUCUUCUGGAACUGGAGAAGAAGGCAGGCACCACCCCUCUUCUGAGGCAAUCUUACCAGUCCCUUUCUCAUUCAUCGACCCCAGGCCUAAAGCAGGUGAUCUGACAAGAUGUGGUAGUUUUAAGCACUCUGCUGAGAAAAGAACGCUUAACUGGUCAGUUAUAGCGCCUCUGCCAGAGGUUUCCUACAAAUAUAGCAGCACCGCGGUGUCCAGCAUUUCUUCCAGAGACACCUUGAGUCACACGUUACCACAUACGCUUUGAGCCAGUUUGCAGAAGAUUCAGAAUGUCUGAUUCCAGCAUUAUGGAGUUUAGCGGGACUCAUCAAGCCUUUCGAGACCGCUGGGCGAAGACAGAUGAUGAGAUGUGCAAACACAGUAUGUCUUUCCACUUGCACAAUACUCUGAGGAAGGAGUUCUUCGCCAGCUACCUGUACCUCCUGGAGCAGAUUCCUCUGGUAAAACUCUAUGCAGUGACUUGUGAGUACAUUAAAGGGGAGAAGCAGUUUUACUACAGGGCACAGAACUUCUACAAGGACGUCCCGGCGUCAGAGGAGGGCAUGAUGGGAGAUUUUGUGGAGAUAUCAGAGAUUGACCUUGAAGGCUCAAGACAGUUCCUGAAGAAGUUUGUUGGUCCAGGAAAGGCUGGCACCAAGCGAGCGCUAGACUGUGGCUGUGGAAUCGGGAGAGUUUCUAAAGGAGUUCUGUUUCCUGUGUUUGAAACCAUGGAAAUGCUUGACAUGAUGGAAGAUUUCAUCCUCCAUGCUCAUGAGUGUUACCUCGGAGAUGAUGCAGACCGGGUGGAGGCUUACUACCUUUACAAUCUGCAGGAAUUCAUCCCCGCUACAAAAAGAUACGACGUCAUCUGGAUGCAGUGGAUUGCCUGUCAUCUUACUGAUAAGGACCUGAUGGAGUUUUUAAUGCGUGCUAAGGAGAGCUUGAGGCCCAACGGUGUGAUUAUCAUUAAGGAUAACAUGGCACGACAGGGCUGCAAGCUGGACCCGAUUGACAGCAGCAUCAUUCGCCACCUGGACAUCAUGAAGUCCAUCAUUCAGAAAGCAGGCCUCACCAUACUGGACGUCGAAAAGCAGGAAGGCUUUCCUGAGGUCAUCGUGCCUGUAUGGAUGAUCGCCAUGCGCUAAAUGAAAGACGUGGGUUAGAAGCAGAGAACGUUUUUGGAUGGAUGUGUUGUAGAUGCACUUAUGUAUAGUAUUUAUUAUAAAUGCAUAGUAUGUUUUAUUCCAUUUACCAGCUAAUAUGUCAGAAUGUAGUAAUUUCAAUUUACUAACAUCUCUUUUUUCAAAGUUUUUUUUCCCCCAGCAGCUUUAGACUGCUGUAUGUUUACCCAUUUAAGAUCAUGUAGAAGAGUAAACAUGUUUUUUUGGCUUUGACAGAAAUCUUUAGUGUAGAUUUUGUAAAAUAUAAUUUCCAUUUUUGUUGAAAUGGAACAGAUAGGUGUAUAUAAUUGCAGUAUUUUGUACGUUUACUGUAGUAAAGUAAAACUAAUUAUUAUUUUUUUUACAAAAAAAAAUGCUUUUGUUUAUGUCUAUGUAUUUUUUGUGAUUUACAGUACAGAAAUGUUAAUUAUUCUAAGUAAUAAUUAAAAAUUUUUUAGGGACAUUUCUUUUAUUACAACAAAGCAUAACAAUAAAUAUAUAAGUCAUUGAACUACA